CUGCUAGAGAAGCGGUGAUUGAAGGGAUAGCAGAGCCCGGGUGGCGACGACGGCCAUCUUAGAGCUGAACACCGUGGAUUCAUCCACCGCUUUUUAUUUUUCAUAUUAGAUAAACCCUCAAGAGAAGAAUAACAGCAACAAAAAGGGUGUGUGUGUUAAAAGUUUGUCGUGGCUGAGCUCGAAGUCAGCAUGCGGUUCCGAAGGAAUAAACUCUUUACAUCCACCGUCGGACUGGUCCUGGCGCUGGUGUGUGUGCUGGAUGCGGCUAAAGUCAAUAAGCACAAGCCAUGGAUCGAGACAACAUAUCACGGCAUCGUGACAGAGAAUGAUGACAAAGUGCUGCUGGACCCCCCUCUAAUUGCACUGGACAAAGAUGCGCCUCUACGCUAUGCAGAGAGUUUUGAGGUGACCCUCACUGAAGAAGGUGAGAUUUGCGGCUUCAGGAUCCACGGGCAGAAUGUCCCCUUUGAGGCCGUGGUCCUGGACAAGUCCACUGGCGAGGGGGUCAUCCGUGCCAAGGACAAGCUGGACUGCGAGCUGCAGAAGGAACACACCUUCACGAUCCAAGCAUACGACUGUGGAGAGGGACCUGAUGGUGCCAACAUGAAGAAAUCACACAAGGCCACUGUACACAUUCAGGUAAACGACCUCAACGAGUAUUCGCCAGUGUUCAAAGCGAAGUCCUACAAAGCCACCGUCAUCGAGGGCAAGAAAUACGACAGCAUCCUGAAGGUGGAGGCCGUCGAUGCCGACUGCUCCUUCCAGUUCAGUCAGAUCUGCAACUAUGAGAUUGUUACCCCAGAUGUGCCCUUCACCAUUGACAAAGACGGGUUCAUCAAGAACACAGAGAAACUGAAUUACGGUAAAGAGCACAUGUAUAAGCUGACUGUGACGGCUUACGACUGUGGGAAGAACCGUGCCUCCGAGGACGUUCUGGUCAAAAUCAGCGUCAAGCCUACCUGCAAACCCAGCUGGCAAGGCUUCAAUAAGAGGAUUGAAUAUGAGCCUGGAACAGGCAGCCUAGCUCUGUUCCCCAGCAUGCACCUGGAGACCUGUGAUGAGCCAAUCACAUCCAUCAGAGCCACUAUUGAGCUAGAAACCAAUCAUAUUGGAAAGGGCUGCGACCGUGACACCUACUCUGAAAAGUCCCUGCACAAGCUGUGUGGAGCCAGCUCUGGCACUGUGGAACUCCUGCCAGCACCCAGCAGCUCUGCCAACUGGACGGUAGGACUACCCACCGACAACGGCCACGACAGCGACCAGGUGUUUGAGUUCAAUGGCACCCAGGCUGUCAAAGUUCCUGAUGGCUUGGUGAGCACCAGCUUGAAGGAGCCCUUCACCAUCUCUGUGUGGAUGAGACAUGGCCCUGGGGCCCACGAGAAGGAGACCAUCCUCUGCAACUCAGACAAGACAGACAUGAACAGGCACCACUAUUCGCUCUACGUGCACAACUGCAGGCUCAUCCUCCUCCUUCGCCAAGAUCAGUCAGAGGCAGAGAACUACAAACCAGCCGAGUUCCACUGGAAACUUGAUCAUGUAUGUGACAAGGAGUGGCAUCACUAUGUAGUAAAUGUGGAGUUCCCCACCGUGACACUGUUUGUGGAUGGCACUACCUUUGAACCCUUCCUGGUCACGGAGGACUACCCACUGCACGCCUCCAGGAUUGAGACUCAGCUCACUAUUGGUGCUUGCUGGCAAGAAAACUCAGGACAUGACAAUGACACUGAGACAGUCUCUGAGUCUUCCUCAGGCGGAAAUGCACGUAUGGUCCAGUUUUUCCGUGGAAACCUUGCAGGGCUGAUGAUCCGCUCUGGUAAACUGGAGAACAAGAAGGUUAUUGACUGUUUGUACACCUGCAAGGAAGGCCUGGAUGUGCAGCUGCCUGAGGAGGUAGCAUCCACUGUCAAGGUGGAGUUUAACCCCAACCAGUCCUCCCUGACCGUUGAAGGGGAUGACAUUGAUGCCUUUGACAAAGUCAUGCAGCACAUCUCGUACAUGAACUCCCGCCAGUUCCCAACACCUGGCAUUAGACACCUCCGUAUCGCCACUACUGUCAAGUGCUUCAACGAGGAGUCCUGUGUGACCAUGCCGGAUGCUGAAGGUUACGUCAUGGUGCUGCAGCCCGAGGAGCCCAAGAUCAGCCUGAGUGGCAUUGACCACUUCGCCCGGAGCGCUGCUGAAUUUGAGAGCCCAGAGGGCGUGACGCUAUUCCCCGAGCUGCGCAUUGUUAGCACUAUCACCCGCGAGGUGGAAGCUGAUGCAGCAGAGUCUGAAGACACAGAGGGAGCUGACGAUGACCCCACAGUCCAAGAGACCGUGGUGUCAGAGGAGAUCAUGCACAACCUUGACACAUGCGAGGUGACUGCGGUGGGAGAUGAACUGGAUGCCGAGCAUGAGGGCCUGGAGGUGGACAUGUUCCAGCUGCAGCAGCGCGGCCUGGAGAUGAGCUCCUCUCACCUUGGCCUCGUCAUCACAGGCGUGAACACCAUGGCCAACUAUGAGCAGGUUCUGCAUCUUAUCCGUUACAAGAACUGGCACACCGAGGCGCUCUUUGACAGGAAAUUCAAACUUGUGUGCUCUGAGCUCAAUGGGCGCUACAUCAGCAAUGACUUCAAGGUCGAGGUGAACGUGAUCCACACAGCCAACCCUAUGGAUCAUGUGAACAGUGCCCUGGUGCAGCCCAACUUCAUCAACCCCGUGCACCAGGCCUCUGUGGACCUAUCUGGUCACAACCUGGUCAACGCUCACCAGGCGUCAGUGGUUCCCAGUGCGGCCACUAUCGUCAUUGUCGUCUGUGUCAGUUUCCUGGUGUUCAUGAUCAUUCUGGGCGUGUUCCGCAUCCGGGCUGCACACCAGCGCACCAUGAGAGACCAGGAGAACGGCAAGGAGAACGAGAUGGACUGGGACGAUUCGGCCCUCACCAUCACUGUCAACCCCAUGGAGACGUACGAAGACCAACACAGCAGUGAGGAGGAGGAGGAAGAAGAGGAGGAGAGCGAGGACGGGGAGGAGGAAGAUGAUAUCACAAGCGCUGAGUCAGAGAGCAGUGAGGACGACGAGGGCGGUGAGCAGGAGGACCAGCAGGGGGCCAGCAGACAGCAGCAGCUGGAAUGGGACGACUCCACCCUCACCUACUAGAACAUAUAUACACACACACACGCGCGCGCGCGCACACACACACACACCUUUAAUUUGCACACAGUCAGAUGUUCAUCCUCGUCACACCACACAUACAAGGAGCCGUGAUGUUUAAAAAAAACAAAAACAAAAAAAGGUUUCCCCUCUUGUCAUCUUAGUGGCGCUACUCAGUGUUGUGUGGUCAUCACCAGCUUUUUAAAUAAUUUAUUUGAUUUGAAGUCGCAAAUCUUGGCCGAUAUUGAAGUGUGUGUGAGGAAAAACUGUGCACUUUUCUUUUUUCUCCCACACAAGGCUUCAAAAAAAUGUUUCAGAUUUGUUUUGCAGCUGAAAACCACCACUGGUCAUCCAGUGAAUGGAUGCUUUUUAGCAGAUGGAAUGCAUUUCCUCGUUUUGUUUUUCUUUGCUUUUAAAUCUUUUAGUGCAUGAAGUCAUGUGUAGAGAAAUACAUUUGCUUUUUAAAGAUGUUGUAAAUACAAGAAAACCAUGUAAGUAGUCAAUGUGUUCGUGAAGGCCUCCUCCACAGGGUCCAAUAUCUAAAAGAUAAAACAAAUAAGUAAAUAUAAAACAGUCAAAUAUUUGUGUCACACAGGCUGUAGCAUGUUUCUCAAAUGUUACUGCAAACUUGUUCCGUCAUGUUUGUACAAAAGUGUCUGCUUUCACGAGGAGGAACACCGCAAUGUUCUUAAGAGGGUUUCUUUUGUCCUUUUUUGUGUUCUCGUUUAGUUUUGCCUCCUCUUCAUUCCAGCUAGAUCUCGCUAUUUGUACAGACUGGAUUUAAACUUACCGUUUUUAGACAAAGAGAGUUCGGGUUGUGCUAGGUUUGCUCAGCUACUUUUAAAUUCUUAUGACGCUUCUGAAAGUAGCUGUGGAAAGAUGAGCGUCAAUAUAGAAGCCUCUUGUUAUUGUGUUAAUUCUCCAUGGCGCGUUUUUUUUUUUUAAUGUGAAAUAAAUAGUGUUGAAGCAUUUAUGAGUGGUCUUCUAUUGCAAAAGACGGUUACACAGCUUAGUACUGCAGAGUUGGUCAAUGUAGUGGCCUCCUAAUAAAUAGAAAAACUACAUUUGAGUUGGAAAGUAGUUACCCACCUCCUCCCACAUAAUGUUGUAUAUAUUUUUCCAAAAAUGUAACCUUUCACGCUUAUUUAGGAGCAGCUUAUAGGCGUCAGAGUAAGAAGAAUGUCUUUCUGAAUUUCAGAGGCCAACUUGCCCCCAGACGUCUCGAUGGCCCUCUGCUGGCCAAAUGCAGGGAGUGCAACUAGGAGCUCUAACAAGACCCUGCUUGUAUCAAUGCCAUGUUUUGUUCAUUUGUAAACUUCUAGAUUUCUUACUGUGUCUAAACAUUAGGCCACGGCUAGUUUGCAUUUUGCAUUGUGCUUCUACACUGACACUGUUAAUGUGUAGCUGAUGUAGAUCCAUGUUGUAUCUUUCUAUCGCUAUCGUACUAAAUCCACCUUCGCAGCAGAUGUACGGUACGUGAUGACUUGGGCAGCAUACUGUAUGUCAGUAUACUGUUGCUGUAUAGUGGCAUUUAUUUUUUGUGGGAAAUGGUGACAGAGUUCAACUUUUAAUCCAUUUAAAAGGUGACAAAUGUGUGUGUGAAGCUCCAAGUGAAUGUGUCAGCUGAAGAAACAAUAAUAAAUACAAUUUUCAAACAUCGCAUGAACCACAAGUUAGUGAACAUUUCAUGAUAUGUGAGGCUGGAAGUGAGGAGGUGUGAUCCACUUACUGACAUCCACAACACUCCACCUUAUUUUGUAGAGUUUUCUUGUUUUUCUUUCUUUCUUUGCUCCGAAUGGAAAUGUUGUGGAAGGUUCCUUUAUGCUUGUUGGAGCUGCUCUCACUUCUCUACCAAUUGACAGGCAAAAUUGUAGUCAAGUUGAUGCUUGCUCGUAAACACAAUAAAGGAUAAUGAGAUGGGA